CCCAGCCGGGGCUCCCACAUUUCAGCAGGUGCCGGAGCUGGAGCUCCCAACGCCACCGCCCGUGCCUCCGGCUCUCCGCCCCACUUGCCCGCUCCCCCUGGCGGAGCGGGCGCGCCCCGGGCUGCCGCUCCCUGGCCCGCGCGCUCCGCUCCUGGAGGUGCCUCGCCCCUCUCCUUCCCACCCCGGAAUCUCCCGGGGGCUCAUUCGCUCUCCUGAGUCUCCGGCUCCUUCGUCCUUCCACCUGUUCCCUGAGAAAGGCAGGAUCCUGGUCCCUGCGACGUUCCUGGGGCCAUGUCAGGCCUCGGCCCUGGCGGAGGCGAUUCGGAGGGGGGACCCCGACCCCUGUUUUGCAGAAAGGGGGCUCUGAGGCAGAAGGUGGUCCACGAAGUCAAGAGCCACAAGUUCACCGCUCGCUUCUUCAAGCAGCCAACCUUCUGCAGCCACUGCACCGACUUCAUCUGGGGCAUUGGAAAACAGGGCCUGCAAUGUCAAGUCUGCAGCUUUGUGGUUCAUCGACGAUGCCACGAAUUUGUGACCUUCGAGUGUCCAGGCGCUGGGAAGGGCCCCCAGACGGACGAUCCCCGGAACAAGCACAAGUUCCGUCUGCACAGCUACAGCAGCCCCACCUUCUGCGACCACUGUGGCUCCCUGCUUUACGGGCUGGUGCACCAGGGCAUGAAAUGCUCCUGCUGCGAGAUGAACGUGCACCGGCGCUGUGUGCGCAGCGUGCCCUCUCUGUGCGGCGUGGACCACACGGAGCGCCGCGGGCGCCUGCAGCUGGAAAUCCGGGCUCCGACUGCCGAUGAGAUUCACGUCACGGUUGGUGAGGCCCGUAACCUCAUCCCCAUGGACCCCAAUGGUCUGUCUGAUCCCUAUGUGAAACUGAAGCUCAUCCCAGACCCUCGGAACUUGACAAAACAGAAGACCCGGACGGUGAAAGCCACGCUAAACCCCGUGUGGAACGAGACCUUUGUGUUCAACCUGAAGCCGGGGGAUGUGGAGCGCAGGCUCAGCGUCGAGGUGUGGGACUGGGACCGGACUUCCCGCAACGACUUCAUGGGUGCCAUGUCCUUCGGCGUCUCGGAGCUGCUCAAGGCGCCGGUGGACGGCUGGUACAAGUUACUGAACCAGGAGGAGGGCGAAUAUUACAAUGUGCCGGUGGCUGAUGCUGACAACUGCAGCCUCCUCCAGAAGUUUGAGGCCUGUAACUACCCCCUGGAACUGUAUGAGCGGGUGCGGAUGGGGCCGUCCUCCUCUCCCAUCCCCUCCCCAUCCCCUAGUCCCACGGACUCCAAGCGCUGUUUCUUCGGGGCAAGCCCUGGACGUCUGCACAUCUCUGACUUCAGCUUCCUCAUGGUUCUAGGAAAAGGCAGUUUUGGGAAGGUGAUGCUGGCUGAGCGCAGGGGCUCUGAUGAGCUCUACGCCAUCAAGAUCCUGAAGAAAGACGUGAUCGUCCAGGAUGACGACGUGGACUGCACCCUGGUGGAAAAACGCGUGCUGGCCCUCGGGGGCCGAGGCCCGGGAGGCCGGCCCCACUUUCUCACCCAGCUCCACUCCACCUUCCAGACCCCGGAUCGCCUGUAUUUUGUGAUGGAGUAUGUCACCGGGGGCGACUUGAUGUACCACAUCCAGCAGUUGGGCAAGUUUAAGGAGCCCCACGCGGCGUUCUAUGCAGCGGAAAUUGCCAUCGGCCUCUUCUUCCUUCACAAUCAGGGCAUCAUUUACCGGGACCUGAAACUGGACAACGUGAUGCUGGAUGCCGAAGGACAUAUCAAAAUCACUGACUUUGGCAUGUGUAAGGAGAAUGUCUUCCCCGGGACCACCACCCGCACCUUCUGCGGGACCCCAGACUACAUAGCCCCCGAGAUCAUUGCCUACCAGCCCUAUGGGAAGUCUGUGGAUUGGUGGUCCUUUGGGGUUCUGUUGUAUGAGAUGUUGGCGGGACAGCCCCCCUUCGAUGGGGAGGAUGAGGAGGAGCUGUUUCAGGCCAUCAUGGAACAAACUGUCACCUACCCCAAGUCGCUUUCCCGGGAAGCCGUGGCCAUCUGCAAGGGGUUCCUAACCAAGCACCCCGCCAAGCGCCUGGGCUCAGGCCCAGACGGGGAACCCACCAUCCGUGCUCACGGCUUUUUCCGCUGGAUCGACUGGGAGCGGCUGGAACGAUUGGAGAUCGCGCCUCCAUUCAGACCCCGCCCGUGCGGCCGCAGCGGGGAGAACUUCGACAAGUUCUUCACACGGGCCGCGCCAGCGCUGACCCCUCCAGACCGCCUAGUUCUGGCCAGCAUCGACCAGGCAGAUUUCCAAGGCUUCACCUACGUUAACCCGGAUUUUGUGCACCCGGAUGCGCGCAGCCCCAUCAGCCCGACGCCGGUGCCAGUCAUGUAAUCUCACCUGCCGCCACUAGGUGUCCCCAUGGCUCCCUCCGCCGCGCCAGCCUCGGCUCCGACUCACUACCCCCUUCCCAGAUCUUGCUCCCCAGCCUUCUGGCCUCUGCCCCGUGGACGCUAGAUGCCCCCCUCGCCCUCAAGCGUUCCUGGCAGUCUAACCUCCGUACAGUCUCUAGAGCCUUACCGUGUUCUAGAUUCUGCUGCUCUGAGCCCUAGAUUCUCACCCAUCUCGGAGUUCUGGACUCCGCCUCCACCAGCUUCCAGAACCACCACCACCACCACCUCACCUCCAUGGGGUUCUAGACACCAUCUUGGUAGAAUCUAUACCUCUCCUUCUUUUUUCUUCCUGGGAAACAGUCUCCUGGGGUGGGCUUUUCCAGACUCGGAUUCCAGAACAACCCCCCACCUUCGAGGGCCCGCCCAUCCCCGAGGCCCCGCGCACCCCACUCCUUUCUGGAGUAAGUGGGAGGCUGUGCCCCCGUGCUCCAGUGCCCCUCUUCCACGCUCUGGGGAUUCCUGGGAUGUAUGGAGGGUUCUUCCCCAAUUGUUCUCGUCAGCUUUUGUCCUACACUCCAUCCUGAAUCCAUCGCUGCUCGCCUGCCAGGUGCAUGGCUCCAGUCCUGCUCCAACCCCACCCCCAACUGAACGCUGCCGCUCUCGGGACUCCCUCCCCCCGCCCCCCCC